GCGGCCCCCGCCCUCGCACGCCGUCUUCCUCCUUCCCAUCCGGACGCGCGCGGGAGCCCGGCAUGCCUUGGUUGCUCUCAGCAUCUAAACUGGUUCCCGCCAAAACACGUGCCCGCGGCCUCUCAGGAUGCUGGUCCUGUUCCCGGCGAAGAUACUCCCUCCAGCCCAUCCCAGAGAGGAGGAUCCCAAACCGCUACUUAGGCCAGCCUAGCCCCUUCACACACCCGCACCUCCUCAGACCGGGGGAGGUGACGCCAGGACUUUCCCAGGUGGAAUAUGCACUUCGCAGACACAAAUUAAUGUCUCUGAUCCACGAGGAGACACAAGGGCAGAGUGGGACAGACCACACCGUGGUUCUGUUGUCUAACCCUACGUACUACAUGAGCAAUGACAUCCCCUAUACCUUCCAUCAAGACAACAAUUUCUUGUACCUGUGUGGAUUCCAAGAGCCUGAUAGCAUUCUGGUCCUUCAGAGCCUCCCUGGCAAGCAGUUACCAGCGCACAAGGCCGUGCUUUUUGUGCCUCGGAGAGACCCCAGUCGAGAACUUUGGGAUGGCCCGCGGUCUGGAACUGAUGGGGCAAUCGCUCUCACGGGCGUGGACGAAGCCUACACCCUGGAAGAAUUUCAGCACCUGAUCCCAAGACUGAAAGCCGAGGCCACUACAGUGUGGUAUGACUGGAUGAAACCGAGUCACACGCAGCUUCACUCUGGCUACAUGCAGCAUCUGACCGAGGCCAAGGCCAAGAGCAAGAACAAGGUCCGGGCUGUCCAGCAGCUGAUCCAGCGCCUCCGGCUCAUCAAAUCUCCUGCAGAAAUCGAGCUAAUGCAGAUUGCUGGCAAGCUGACGUCAGAGGCUUUCAUAGAGACCAUGUGUGCCAGUAAGGCUCCCGUGGGAGAAGCCUUCCUGUACGCCAAGUUCGAGUUCGAGUGCCGGGCCCGAGGGGCCGACAUCCUGGCCUACCCGCCCGUGGUUGCUGGAGGAAACCGCUCGAACACUCUGCACUAUGUGAAGAACAACCAGCUGAUCAAGGACGGCGAGAUGGUGCUGCUGGAUGGCGGCUGUGAGUCCUCGGGCUAUGUGAGUGACAUCACCCGCACCUGGCCUGUCAGCGGCAGGUUCUCGGCAGCUCAGGCAGAGCUCUACGAAGCCGUGCUCGAGGUCCAGAGGGACUGUCUGACACUCUGCUCUCCCGGGACGAGCCUGGAGAAUGUCUACUCUGUGAUGCUGACCCUGAUCGGACAGAAGCUCCGAGAGCUGGGCGUCCUGAAGGACACGCAGGACGGCAGCGCCUUCAAGGCGGCUCGAAAAUAUUGCCCUCACCAUGUGGGCCAUUACCUCGGGAUGGAUGUCCACGACACGCCAGACAUUCCCCGGUCCCUGCCGCUCCAGCCCGGCAUGGUGAUCACCGUCGAGCCAGGCAUCUAUAUUCCGGAAGAUGACAGAGAGGCCCCGGAGAGAUUCCGUGGUCUGGGUGUGCGGAUCGAGGACGACGUCGUGGUGACUCAGGACUCGCCUCUCAUCCUUUCUGCAGACUGUCCCAAGGAGCUGAAUGACAUCGAGCAGAUCUGCAGCAGGGCCUCUUGACCCUCACCACGACACACGUGCACCUCAGGGUUGAGAGAGGCGCGUGCCAGCAUCCCUGACCGUGUGCUUGCUGUGUGUCUGUGGACAUACGUGUUCUGCUCGGGAGUGGGAUGUCCGUAUGAAAGCAUGCAGUCAUGUACAUGAUCUUUAUUUGCAGUUGGUUGAACUCUGAAAAAUUGGUUUUUAAACUGUUAGAGAACUUCUGGAGAAUUAAUGAUCCAGGCAAGUUUAAAUUUCAGAUGUAAAGGAAGAUGUUCCUUACUCAAUGCCCAUCCAUUGCGGGCCACACAUUUAAGUGAACAGAAAAGUAUUUCUUCUCCGGGUCCUUAAUUUCUGCUUUUGCUUAAUUUUAUAAGAUUUGUGGGGCCGGAGCGAUAGUAUAGUGGGGAGGGCAUUUGCCUUGCACUCGGCCAACCCGAGUUCAAUCCCCGGCAUCCCACAUGGUCCUCAAGCACCACCAGGAGUAAUUCCUGAGUGCAGAGCCAGGAGGAACCCCUGAGCAUUGCUGGGUGUGACCCAAAAAAGCAAGAGAAAAUAAAUUAUAAGAUUUGUGUGAUGCAGGCUGGGGAGAUAGUACUGCAGGGAGGGCACUUAGCUCUCCCCCAUCUCCAGUACCACAUAUGGUCCCCAGAGUACUGCCAGGCGUGGUGCCCAGGCAGAGUCAGGGAUGCCACUCAGCACCACAGGCUGUGGCUCAAGUUCUCCUCACAAAAGAGAGAUUUUUUAUGAGGAAACCUUUUAACAAUUCUUAAGUCACUUGCCUUGCAUGUGACUGACCAAGGUUUAAUCCCUCGCACACCACAUAUGGUCCCUUGGCACUGCCAGGAAUGACCCUGAAUACAUAGCCAGAAGUGAUCUCUGAACACCGCCAGCUAUGCCUCAAAACCCCCACUACCCCCCCACCAAAAAAUAAAAGAGUUCAUUUGUUCACCUCUUUUUUUUUUUUCUUUUUAUGUUUUGGAGGCUGGAGCGAUAGCACAGUGGGUAGGGCGUUUGCUUUGCAUACGUUGCAAGGCAACUCGAGUUCUAUUCCUCCAUCCCUCUCGGAGAGCCCGGCAAGCUACCGAGAGUAUCUCGCCCGCACAGCAAAGCCUUGCAAGCUAUUUGUGGCGUAUUCGAUAUGCCAAAAACAGUAACAAGUCUCACAGUGGAGACGUUACUGGUGCCCGCUCAAGAAAAUCAGUGAGCAACGGAGUGAUAGUGACAGUAAUGUUUUGGGGCACACAUAGUUGUGCUCUGGGACUUCUCCUGGCUAGUGCUCAGGGACUAUGCAGUGCUGAGAAUCGAACCCAGGUCUCCGUGCAGAGAUCUCUCUGGCCCUUUACAUCUCUAAACCUCAUCAUGAGCCCGACAUGUGUAAAACAUAUUGAUUGUUGGUACCUAAAUGCAAGGAUUUUAAGAAGAGGUUCGUAUCCAAGAAACAGGCUAGGGCAGUUUCUCAGCCAGGAACCACAAGGCCCCUUUGGGGCCCCAGCACACAACUAGGGGGGCCCCAGGAAGGACACAAGGCCGGGGGGCCAUGGUUGGGAACAGGUCGAGACUGGGCUAGAAAACGUGCCAGAUUUGCCCUUACAGCAGAGCCCAAGAAACCGGCCCGGAGCAGACAAGCAGUGACUGUUCAGAAGGCGGAGAUGCCAUGACAAGCCUAAGGGCUGUACCUCUUGUGCCCGACAGAGGCGCCCCUGGCACUUGCACUUGGCCUUGCUCGCCUCUGAGUCGCUGUCAGCCUCGCUCCAGCUUCUGAACCCUGAGAUGUCAGUCCACAGCUGGGGCCUCUUGCUCCCGGGGUCUCUGACACCCUCUCGUGGUUUGGGGCCCUUGCUUCUUUACAGACCGGAAAUGAGGACUUUUUUUUUCUUCCUCUAAGUCUGGCCAAAAUUUUUCUUGUUUAGUUUUGGGGAUAACUCGGAGGUUACUCCUGGCUCUGUGCUCAGGAAUCACUCCUGGCAGGCCUUGGGGGACCAUUUGAGAUGCCGGGGAUCAGACCUAGGUCGGCUGGGUGCAAGAGAAGUGUCCUGUUAUGUCGCUCCAACCCCUAGCCCCUGAAUUUCACUAAAAACUUGGAAAAAUUGAACCCAAGACUUUACGUGUACGAGGCAUGUGCUUUAUCACUGUGUCGUAUCCCUGGGCCCAUUAAUCCAUGCAGCGGUGGGUACCCACGAUGAAGUUUGUACUUCAACCCUUUGAGCCACCUCCUCAGCCCCUGAAUCUUGAUCAUAGUACAGACAAGACCAGACCCACAUUUUCCUCCUCAAGGAGACCAGAGCUUGGGGCUGGAGUGAUAGCACAGCGGAUAGGGUGUUUGUCUUGCACGCGGCCGACCCAGAUUCAAAUCCCAGCAUCCCAUAUGGUCCUUCGAGCACCGCCACGGGUGAUUCCUGAGUGCAUGAGCCAGGAGUAACCCCUGUGCAUUGCCGGGUGGGACCCAAAAAAGAAAAAAAAAAAAAGCAGAGCAGGGGCCGGAGCGAUAGCACAGCGGGUAGGGUGUUUGCCUUGCACGCGGCCGACCCGGGUUCGAUCCCCGGCAUCCCAUAUGGUCCCCCAAGCACUGCCAGGAGUAGUUCCUGAGUGCAAAGCCAGGAGUAACCCCUGAGCAUCGCUGGGUGUGACCCAAAAAGCAAAAAAAAAAAAAGCAGAGCAGAGUACACUGGGUAAUGCACUUGCCUUGCUCUCGGCUGACCUAGGUUCUAUUCCCAGCAUCCCAUAUGGUUCCCCAAGUACUGCCAGGAGUGAUUCCUGAAUGCAGAGCCAGGAGGAACCCCUGGAUGCAACAGCCCUACCCUCACCUCCAAACACACACACACACACACACACACAUUUUCCUCUGAGUCUUAAGUGAAAUCAGUAUAUAUAUACCACUCUCUCCUUAAUGAAAAUCAUGAUUUGAGAAAAUUUCUUCAGGUGUUCACACUAAUUAAAUUAAUUGUUGAAUCACUGUCUACCAUCUAGAUGAAGGAUACGUAAUAGGGCCUUUGCAGUGAACCUCUGGCCCAUUUGGCAAAAAAUAAGCCUCAAAUCAUAAUAUCCACAUUAGGAAAGUACUUUUCUGUGGCAACAUGAAAUCCUCGGGGAAGGGGCUGGAGUAUAGCGGGUAGGGGGCCUUCCACACAUCUUGCCAGGGCUCGAUGCCCACCACCACAUAUGGCCCAGCCAGGAGUGAUCCCUGGACACAGGAAAACAACAGAAAAACUUUGAGUGUGUCUCAUGAUUUUUGUGAAGGUCAGAAAGGAAAAACUGUCAUGAACAUUGUAUCUUAAUUGAGAUUAAGAUCCAGUUGGUUCAUUAAGCUUCCGGAUGAAGACUAUAAAAUAGAUGAAUUGGGUUUUGUUCUGUUUUUUUUUUUUUUUUCCCAAACACAUAAUCAGCACCUUCAGCUUUCUUCCUGUCAGGAGUUGAAGCCGAGCCCUGCUUGCCCUCUAGCUCUGCUAGUUUUUGCUCGCUGGAGCAGUGUGAACCUGGGCCAGACCCUGUCACCUCAUGGCUGUCAUACAGUAGGAGAAGCGUUUGAUGGCUGAGUGUCUGUUAGAAACCAAGCACCUGGGGCCGAGCGAUAGCACAGUGGGGAGGGCAUUUGUCCUCACACUGCCAGCGCAGGUUCGAUCCCCAGCAUCCCAGAUGGUCCCCUGAGCACCGCCAGGAGUAAUGAGUGCAGAGUAAUUCCUGCAGAGCCAGGGGUAAGUCCUGAGCACCUCCGGGUUGUGACCCAAAAAGACAAAUAAAAAAGCACCUUGCUUUUCUAAAAAUGGUUUUAUGGAGUCGGAGCAAUAGUACGACCAGUAAGUUACUUGCCUUGUACACGUCUGGCCGAGGUUCAAUCCCUGGCACCACGUAUAGUCCCCCAGGCCCCGCCAGGGGUGACCCCCAAGCAGAGUCAGGAGUAAGCCCCGAGUACCACUGGGUGGGGCAAAAAUACAUAUUUUUAUGAUGUGGCUAAGACCUUUCAAUACAGUGUUUGUGAGGUAGGGCCUAAUUGCCUAAAACUUUUACUGAUGAUGAGUUUUUAAGCCUGGGCAAAUCAAGUUCAAGCGAAGGUAUUUAACCCUCUGGGUGCGAUGAGAAUGUGACCACAUCGCUCAACCCUAACGUCAGAGCAGGUCCACGGUUACGGCUGGGGCGCAUCAUCAGGAUUGCUCCCCCCAACCCCCCCCUCGUGGGCUCUGAUGCCCAGGGUCUGAGACAACUACAGUCCUUGUUAGCACUUCUGUAAAGUAAAAUUGUUUAGGGACCAUGGGGAGAGAGGACAGGAGUGAAAGAACAUGGCCUUCUCCCAAGGGGAGGAAGCCACAGGUUCCCCGGAAAUGAAAGAAAUUACACAUGCCAAGGAGAAGGCAGGUGACCCCACGAUGCGGAUGCAUCUCAUCAGCAUUUCUCUGCUUUGCAUGACUUUUGUGCAGUUUUUAAGUUCAAUUUGGACAAAACACUUUUUAAGGCCCUUUCACUAAAAACCUAUGUGGCAUUUCCCAAUGAGGGAAAAGUAUUUGUUACUGUCAUUUUAAAAAUAAACUAUAAAGGUACAUGA